AUGCCAUCGACCAGGAGGGCCUCGGCCCAGGCGGCUGCCGAGGUGCCGAGUGAGGCCGCCGCCGCAACAGAGCAAAGGCUGUCGUCGCCAUCCAGCAGCCAAAACCCUGCCACCAAGCCAGCGCCGAGAUCGUCCAAGUCAAAGGCAUCCGCGGCAGAUCAGGGCCCGGCCGCUUCCGACAGCGUCGCCCGGCCCUCGGACCACGCCGACAGGGACGAGCCCUCGACCGACGCCCACAUCGCGCUGCUCACCGAGCACUUCGGCUUCAGCCCCAAGGCCUUCGUCGAGGCGCUCGUCUACCUCUCCAACGAGCAUUUGUAUAAGCUGGCCGAGCAGUUUGAGCUCACGGCGCUCGAGCAGCUGCAGGACUUUGACGGCGGCGACCUCGAGGCCGAGCAGGGCGUGCACGCCGUGCUGACGCUCCUCGAAAACGCCCUCGACCACACCCUCGACACGUUUGAGCUUUACUGCCUACGCUCAGUCUUUGGCAUCAAGGCGCGGCAGGCGCGGCUCAUGACGCUCGACCACCACCGCGGUCUAGACCUGCGACCCAGGGGCUCGGCAUUGCCAACCUCGUCCAAGGUCGCCAGGUCGCGCAAGAGCCUCGCAACGACGGCGGCUGCGACGAGCGCAAACGAGCGGAGCCACAUGCUGGGCGCCGAAGAGGACACGCUGAAGCGGAAGCUGGCAGCGGCUCGCUCGGUCCAGCACGAUCUGCUCCUGGGAAAGCAGGCUGCAGAAGCUCGCCUUGCGCAGACCGACCUCUUGCACCAGCGCUUCUCGGCCAUCCUCUCGGAUUCCCAGGUGGCGGGCGAUGACGGCAAUGAUGGACCGCAUCCGGAUGGCGGCCCCGCGGUGACCGCUGUGCUGGGUCAGCAUGCACGGAAGCUGUGCGUCGACGCCGAGCUGCUGCUGAGGAAUCUCGGGGAGCUGCGGAGCCAAGAUCCGCUGGGUCGGGCGCUUUUGCCGGCGGUGGGCGAUGGUCGGGCGCGCAAAGGAUCUGCCUCGGGCGAAGAAGACGCCGCCAACGACGAGCCGCGGGUGUGGGAGCGCGGGCGGGAGGCCUACCUCAACUGGGAGGCAGAGCGGAUGGUGGCCAAGGUCAAGGGUGGUGGCGACGAUGGCGGGGCCGUUGGCGACGAGACGCUGGACGCGGCCGAGGCGACGUUGGCAGAGGAGGGCAAGACGCCCAAGCGGCGCAAGGGGGCGCUGUCGGCGCCUGCGUCGAGCAAGCGGCGAGCGGCCAACGGCAGCCGGAACCGGAAGCAGCCCGCGGAUAGCGGCAUCGCGAUCGACCAUGGCGGCGAUGGCGACGGCGACGGCGACGGUACGAUGACGCACGCACCCCUGCAAGCCGUGGGCGACGCGGCCGAACUGGACCGGGUGGCCUCUGCACUGCGUCAGCGGCAAGCGUGA